AUGAGUGGCAAUAUAAAAGUAGUUGUACGGUGUCGACCCUUAAACGCCAGAGAAAAAGCAAGAGGCGCAACAUGCCUUAUCCGGAUGGAAGGAAAUCAAACUAUCAUUACACAUCCUAAGAAAGCAAAUGGAAGCCAUAAUACAUCGUCAAAUAAGCAUAAAGACGAAGAAGAAGUUAAAGCAUUUACAUUUGAUAGAUCAUAUUGGUCUGCAGAUAAAAACGAUCCUCAAUUUGCAGAUCAAGAGCUUGUCUACAAUGAUCUUGGUAGAGAACUUUUAGACCAUGCAUUUGAUGGAUAUAACUGUUGUAUAUUUGCAUAUGGUCAGACAGGUUCAGGAAAAUCAUAUUCAAUGAUGGGUUAUGGCGAAGAUAAAGGUAUCAUACCUCGUACAUGCUCAGAGCUUUUUGAGAGAAUAACAGACCUCUCAAACGACAAGCUCAAGUUUCAAGUGGAAGUAUCCUAUAUCGAAAUUUAUAAUGAAAAGGUGCGCGAUCUCUUGAAUCCUGCCAACAAAGGCAACCUUAAAGUAAGAGAACACCCUACUUUUGGUCCUUAUGUAGAAGACUUGUCUCGCCUUGUGGUUAAAUCCUUUGAUGACAUUGAGCAUUUAAUGAGUGAAGGCAAUAAAGCAAGAACAGUGGCCGCCACAAACAUGAAUGAAACAUCAUCUCGUUCUCAUGCAGUAUUUACUUUGUUUCUCACAUCAAAUCGAUUCGACGAGACAGCCAAUCUCAAUACUGAAAAAUGCUCCCGUAUCAGUUUGGUUGAUUUAGCAGGCAGUGAAAGAGCCAACAGUACGGGUGCAACAGGAGCUCGGUUAAAAGAAGGUGCCAAUAUUAAUAAAUCUCUUACAACACUUGGUAAAGUCAUUGCUGCAUUAGCAGAGGCAUCAGCACACCCACACAAUUCCAAAAAAGCACACAAUCAGCACAACUUUGUACCUUAUCGUGACUCUGUCCUCACUUGGUUGCUUAAAGACUCUUUGGGUGGUAACUCCAAAACUGCCAUGAUUGCUGCUAUCUCACCUGCUGACUAUGAUGAAACACUUAGUACACUGCGAUAUGCAGACCAAGCGAAACGCAUCAAGAACAAAGCUGUAGUUAAUGAAGAUCCAAAUGCCAAACUUAUUCGUGAACUCAAAGAAGAGCUUCAGGCACUAAGAGACACUUUGAUGAUAUAUGCGCCAGAGGAAGUCGAGAAGAUUACACAACAAAAGAAAUCCAAAGACGGUAAUGCGAGCAGUCGAGCCUCGUCACGUGCAAAUGCAAGAUCCACAACAGCAUCUCCUAUGCUACUCAUUUCACCUGAAUCACCUAUUAUUGCUACACAGAGAGGAAACAGCUUACUGACAAAAGAACAAGUGGUUGAACAACUCCAAUCUUCUGAAAAGCUUUUGUCUCAAGUCAAUCAAACUUGGGAAGAAAAGAUGCAUAAGACUGAAGAAAUUCAUCGACAACGUGAAGAAGCAUUAAGAGAGCUUGGUGUGAUAGUAGAAAAAGACAAUAUUGGUGUAUAUGCACCUAAAUCUAUCCAUCUGAUCAACCUGAAUGAGGACCCAUUAAUGACUGAAUGCUUAAUGUACCAGAUCAAGUCAGGCAUUACGCGUGUGGGCAAACUAGGCAGCAGCGUGCCAGCAGAUAUUCGACUCAGUGGGCCUGAAAUUAUGGAUGAACACUGUUACUUUGAAAACUUGCCUAUGGAGAAAGAAGAGAAAAAAGAAGAACAGCGUAUUGUCAAGAUCUAUCCUGGCAAAGAAUCAGUAACACUCGUUAACGGUAUGCAUAUCUCUGAACCGAAGGUAUUACAUAGCGGAUAUCGGAUCAUCUUUGGAUCAGGACUACAUCAUCUGUUUCGUUUCAAUAAUCCUGAUGAAGCAAGAAGAGAGCGAGAGAUACAAAUACAACAAGGCAAUGUAUCUCAUAUUAAUACAUCAGUUGUUGUAUCUCCAUCCGAGUCAGGAAUGGCUCCUCCUCUUAGUGCAAAUGCGUCUACUGUGGACACAAGCCUAUACCCUCCAGAUCUAGUCGAUUGGAAGUUUGCUCAUAGCGAAGCACUUAGGAAAUUUGGUGGUGCAACCAACACAGAUUUAACCGAAAUGACAGAUGAAGACCUCAAACAGCUAUCUGAAGGUAUCACCAAAGUAAGAGAGUUUCGAAACAGACAAAGAAUAUCAUCCGAUAGUCACAAUAUCUUGUUUGACGAUCCUGAUACGAUUUCUCCUAUGACCGUUUCACCCAGAACAUCGAUUAGCUCAUCUAGUAACAAAAGAUUUAGCGCCAUUUCUUCUGCACAAACAGUUCUCACUGAAGAAGAAGAAGGAAAUGAGGAAGAGGACAAUAAGCUCAAAGUAAUUGAAGAAGCCAUUUCAAAAGAAGAAAAGGACAAACUCAUUCGCAUUGCAACAGAGGAAAUGCAACAGCAAUUGGAGCUUCAGAAACAAGAAUACGAGGAAAAGAUCAAAGCACUUGAAUCUUCUAAUCUCAAGGCAGACGAAAUGGAUCGAGAAAGGGACGAUCUUGCUUCCAAGUUUGCCCAAAUGAAAGAAGAAAUGAAAAAAUCACUGGAACAGCAAAAGCUUGCUUAUGAAUCAAAAAUUAAACGCAUUUCAGCUCAUCUGCCUCCUGGCACAGCUCUCAGCUCAGAUAACUUGCUUGUUGGAUUUACGGCUAAAAAUGCUGCUGAACAUCUCUUGCGUAUGUCAAUUGAGAAAUGGCGCCAAUUAAGAUAUGUCAAAAUGGCCGAAGGAUGCCUUGUUCAUGCUGUAGUCUUGAAAGAAGCUAAUAUUAUGGCUAGAGAACUUGGCAAGAAUGUUGUUUAUCAAUUUAUUGUUGUUCAUGAUGAUAUUUCUUCAAACCCUUUGUCUUUUUGGGAAUCCACAUCUGCUUUACAGCCUUUCACAAGAGAACCUGAUACACAUCUGAAAGAAGCUAAACCAUGCCUUGCUGUCCAAGUAAUUGAUCAUGUUCAUCGAGCUGCCUAUAUUUGGUCUAUUGCGAAACUCAAGCAACGCUUGAGACGUAUGCGCCGAUUGUAUGACUAUACUGACAGACCACUCUUCACUGGACAACACUUCAACAGAGAAGAUCCUUUCUAUGAAACACCUUGUCCAAGAUUCUCUUUGAUUGGUUUGGCUCGUGUGCCAUUACGAAACUUGACUUUACAGUUACAUGCUGAUAACUAUGUGGAUGUGUAUUGUAGAAACACUGGUAAGAUAAUGGGCCAAAUACGUGUUCUUAUUACACCAAUUGCACGAUCUGUAUCAAGAAAACAACAUAUGCAACAAUCCGAUACAAAUAAUACCAAGCGUCCCAAUUUGUUUAGUAGAAAACAGUCUUCUUCCAACAACAUUACACAGGAGCGGCAAGUAUUGAGCGAAAAGUAUUUGCUUCAUAUUGGGCAGCAACAGGUGUUCGAGAUUCGUAUUCAAGAACUUAGAGGCCUUAGUGAAACUAGUUUCACACAAGUUCAUGCACAAUUUAGACUCUCUUCGUUUGGUAAUGUAGAACGAUAUUCUGCUGGAGACAAAAUAUAUCAAACGGAUCCAAUUAGCAACUUUGGCAAUGACGGUAUUGUAUUUGGACAGUGCCAAACACUAUCAGUCAAUAUCACUGAAAAUAUGAUGGAUGUUAUUCUAAAUCAAGGCCUCAUUAUUGAAGUGUAUGGGCAAGCACAAGAAUCAUACUUGCUUGGAUUAGUUGAACAUGUAAGUAGUAGCAAUGGUGGUAGUACUCCAAGUACAACGCCGACAUCUGAAAAAUCUAUGUUAUUUGAAAAGGCGGUUGCUUCUGAAUCUUUGGGAAACAAUAUACCUGCAAGCAGACGUUUCUCUAUUGAGAGAAGGUUUUCUUUGGAGCGAUGUACUUAUGAUGGCAUUCUUAUGGAAGAACGCCAUGAUGUGACAGCCUGGAUUCAGAUAUGCGAACUGGAUUCAGAUGGAGAGUAUGCCCCUGUGCAAGUCAUGCAUAAAGAAAUCCGCGAUCAUCAUCACCAUCAUAUCAAACAUCACCAAGACGUAUUUUGUCUAAGACAAGGCUUACAACGCCGUAUUGCCUUAACACUCGCCCAUGAUUCAGGUAAACAGUUUGAGUGGUUAAACAUCAAACGAGUCACCUUGAGUAAAGCGCGCCUCAUAGACAGCAAAGGAAAAGUAGUUGAAUCUUCGACCUAUGUUCCAGUAGAGAUCCAGCUUUUCCCUGAAAGCACUCAGGUUACAUUUGAACGCAACGGCAUAUCCCAACUGACGGCACAAGGACCUUGGGACAGUUCACUUCACAAUGCGUCUUUCUUAAACCGAACCACAUCUUCUGGUCAGCGUAUUCGCUUGACACUUUCUUGGCAAGUUGGUUGUGACAAGUGUGUUUCUCCUCUCAAUUUUGAAAUGGACAUCGCAGUUCAAAUCCGUAAUCGUGAUGCCAGUAUCCAUACAUCUACCUCUUCUUCAUCCAUGUUUAGACAACUCUUGCUCGGUGGUAAUGAUUCAAGCACAGACGUCAGUCGAGUAGUAUACAAGACAAGCGGGAUGUUUAUGGUUCAAUUGAAGCCGCCUAUGACGCGCCAGGUGCGAGAAUUAUGGCGAUUAAAUACGGCCAACAAAUAUGUCCGAGGCGAAGAGUUUAUCGGCUCUUGGAAGCCACGAGGUGUUUCGCUUAUUACUGACUAUAGAGCAGCACGCCAACGUAUGUUGCUCAGGGAAAGUGUAGCUGCUUUUAGACAUUCUCUAGUAUUGGCAGGUCAUCCUCAGACAAAGACAAUUCAGCGCAGUCUUUCCACUCAUACAAUUGAUCAUGAAGAAGAACCAAAGACCAAACGUGACCCUGAAGCACUGGUCAGAAAAGUGAUUGAUCUAUGGAAGAAACAGUUUGGAACUCGUGAAGAGAUUGUUUUUACGCAGGAUCCACCUAGUAUUACGUCCCUUCAUACUUCCACAAGUACAAACAGUACCAGCAGUACAAAGAGCAGUUCCACAGUCAUGAAAAAGUAUCACAACAUGAAAUUAACUGCUGAUAUUCAACAAAUACAUCCAAGUGAUACAGUUACUAAAAAGGGCUAUCUGUUACACCCUAAAAACGUGGAUGAUACAUGGUUAAAGCACUGGUUUGUACUUCGAAGACCAUUUAUUAUUAUCUAUCAAGACCAAACAGAAGCAGAGGAACUGGGCGUAUUGAAUCUUACUUCUGCUCGAGUUGAUUAUAAGACUGAUCUUGAAGAAAUGCUUCAGAGAAAAUACACUUUUGCUAUAUACACAAACAACAAUGCCUAUUUAUUGCAAGCAAACGAUUUUGAGGAUAUGAAGGACUGGAUAUCUAAAGUAGAUCAAUUUUACCCUGUAAAAAAGUUGGAAAGUUUAGGCUCAUCUUAG